GCGCCUCGAUGCCGAGAGGUUCCGUCUUUUUAUAUGACCGUCGCUGCGCGCGCUCUCUCUCUCUCUCUCUCUCUCUCCAGCAUAUAUUCUCUGUUUCUCUUCAGCUUCUUUAAAUCCUAGCCCUAAACAAAUUGCUAUUUUCGUUCUCUUGCAAAGCCCGGCCGGAAUAUUUAGUGCUGAAUCUCGAUCGAUUCCUGUUGAGGGGAGAUGAAGAACUCGGUCUUAGAUCGGAGCAUCUAUGUCGAGAACAGCGACGCGGAGGACGGCGUCGAUGAUGAGGAGCAAAGCAAGGUUCGGGCGGAGGAGGACGACGAUGACGAAUCAGACGGUUCUGAUUCGUCUUCGGUUUGCAGCACAAGACGGAGCAGGCCGAACUCCUACAACACUACUUGGCCCCAGAGCUACAGGCAAUCAAUAGACAUUUACAGUGGUGUGACGCCGCCAACCAUUGGAUUUCUUGGUACUCCGAAUUUAAGUAGAUUAGGGAGCUCAUUUUUGAGCAAUUCAUUCAGAGGACACCACACCUCUGAGAUCUUCAGUUCCCUUCUCAGACCAUUACUCCCAACUCAAGUUGAAGAUGAACAACAGCAAAGGAAGAGCUCCCACUUGCUGCCUGUUGCCCCACGUCAGUGCUCCUACACCCAGGGGGUUUUCAACGGUGUUAACGUGCUUUGUGGAGUUGGCAUCCUCUCUGCACCAUAUGCAAUCAAGGAAGGAGGGUGGCUUGGGUUGUCCAUAUUAUUCAUCUAUGGUGUGAUUUCCUUCUACACCGGGAUUCUUCUGCGUCGUUGCCUGGAUAGCAAACCAGGUCUCGAAACAUACCCCGACAUUGGCCAGGCUGCAUUUGGCCCUUCUGGUCGCAUUAUUAUCUCGAUUUUCUUGUACCUGGAACUGUAUGCUUGUUGUGUUGAGUACAUCAUAUUGGAUAGUGACAACUUGUCCUCCUUGUUCCCAAAUGCACACCUGAACAUAGGUGGAAUACAUCUAAAUUCACACCUUCUUUUUGCUGUGCUGAUCACUCUUAUAGUUCUCCCAACCACAUGGCUUCGAGAUCUUAGCAUUCUUAGCUACAUAUCAGCUGGAGGAGUUAUUGCAUCUGUACUUGUGGUUGUAUGCCUGUUCUGGGUGGGAUUAGUUGAUAAUAUUGGUUAUAAAAAUGAAGGUUCUCUCAUAAAUCUUUCUGGGAUUUCUAUAGCGAUUGGCCUCUACGGCUAUUCCUACUCCGGCCAUGCUGUUUUCCCAAAUAUAUACUCCUCUUUGAAGAAUAAGAAUGAAUUUCCUGCCGUUCUUUUCACAAGCUUUGUCAUUUCCGCUCUGUUGUUUGCUGGGGUUGCAGUAAUGGGAUUUGCCCUGUUUGGGGAGUCCACUCAGUCUCAGUUUACUCUGAAUGUGCCACAUGAAUUUAUGGCCUCUAAAAUUGCUGUUUGGACAACGGUUGUGAACCCUAUUACAAAAUACUCAAUAACUUUGGCUCCGAUGGCGCUGAGUCUGGAGGAGUUGAUACCCACAGAGCGUCUGGAAUCGCAUUGGUAUGCAAUCAUCAUGAGAACAGCUUUGACGAUCUCAUCCUUGGUGGUGGCUAUGUCCGUCCCUUUCUUUGGUUUGGUGAUGGCAUUGAUUGGUUCUUUGCUUACCAUGCUUUUAGCAUUUAUUCUUCCUUGCGUCUGCUUUUUAAGCAUUGUGAGGAGUAAAGCAACUUGGCCUCAGGUGGCUAUGUGUUCCUUGAUUCUUAUAAUAGGAGUUUCCUCCUCAGCAUUGGGCACCUACUCCGCAAUCUCCAAAAUUAUAAACAACUUGCGUUGAUCUCAACUCUCAAGUCUAGGAGAAAUUAUUCUGUGCGGAGUCCGGACGAGAAGAACCGUUCGGAUUAUGAGUGUAAACACAGUAUGGACGCUAAUUUGAUACAUAUUGUGUACACUCACAUAUCCGAAUGGUUCUUCUCGUCCGUACUCUGCACAGAUUAAUUUCUCCAAGUCUAGUGCUAUAUGUAUCGUUAUUUCCUAAAUUAAAAUCAUUGAAACUUUAUUUUA